AUGGUCAGUCUUAAUUCUGUUAGUAUUCAUAGAUUGACUUAUUAGAUCUAGUUGACCUAAUUAGAUGAAUACAAUGCAGUUUUUCAUUAGCUAUCUGCCGUUCUCGUCGUUGUGGUCUAGGGACUUUGCCUAGGAAAAUAAUAAUAAUAAUGCUCUUAUUUUGUACAACAUUUGGGCGAUCUUUCAAACAUUCUCCAAGAGUGAACCUGACUGUCCUUCACUGAGUUUAGGUAUUUGCAGUAUCAGCGAAGAUGUCAAUGUCGCUAAAUACAAUCAAACAGAUCAUGAGAGCGAUGGUGGAUAGUCCUGGAUUUGACCGGGUUUUAAGUAAGGUGGAGGUAUUGUCAGCAGCCCCUGGGAAAGUGGUGUGUGAGCUGAAGGUGGAGGAGGAGCACACUAACAGAGGAGGCACUCUUCACGGAGGACUGACAGCUACACUGGUGGAUGUGAUCUCCACCACUGCCAUCAUGUACAGUGAGAGAGGAGCUCCGGGGGUCAGCGUGGACAUGAGCAUAACAUACAUGAAUGCAGCUAAAAUCGGAGAAGACGUCCUGAUCACAGCUCAGGUUUUAAAACAAGGACGGACAUUGGCAUUUGCAACAGUAGAUCUCACCAACAAGGCGAAUGGAAAACCCAUUGCUCAGGGAAGACACACUAAACACCUCGGUAGCUGAUUAUGUAAAAGACGUGAAACAUGUUCUUUGUUACAAAAUAAACUCCAGCAUAAAAAUCGUUGCACUGUGUUAGGAUAUAUUCAGCAGUGUUUAUUUCAACAGAAUUAUUCAAACAAUGGGUACAUCAAAGUAAAGACAAAGACCCACCUUCCCCUUCGACGUGAACUCAGAAUUUCAAAGAUAUUUUUAAAGGAUUUUUAUGCCUGAAGAACGGACAAAGAUGGCUUACAGAUACCAAGUCCUAAGCACUGCAAUAUUUAGUACUCUCAGAACAGGGUGGUUCUCAAUGAAAUUUCUCAUUAGGUACACAAGCUUUAACAUACCCACCACCAAUGAUUACAUCCGGUAUCAGUAGCUUGUAUGUAUAUCUCGGAGUUGCUCAAAUGGUGACAAUUACCAUCCCAACUAUCCCAAGAAAAAAACACAUCAGAAUUCCUCCAACAGAGUUUGUCAACCAUUUUAGAUAUACAUCACACACCGCACCUCCGUCCCCAUCAGGCACCACUCCUCCAGAAAUGAUAAAAACAAACAAGGUUUGUCAUAUUAUAGGCAAGUAAUGACACUCAAAUUAAAAUGUCCAGCAAAAACUAAGGCAGUAACUGAAUGAGAAGCAAUGCCUACACCAAACGAGUUAACAAGUGUUGUUCGCCUUGUAAUAGAAGCCUUUUGAGGAAGACUACCCAAGCUCUUUUGUCCUGUCACUGACUGUCAUUACUCAUGAAAUCCCUACUCAAUAUAACAGACAUGUUAACUUUCCCUCACAACAGUGAUGUUAAAGCCAGUCCAACACACGAGGACCACACGUGAGAGACCCUCUGUCAUUGGUUUCCUUUUUUUUUGUUGUUUUGUUUUCGUAACGUAAAGAGUUCCUUCGGUGACUGGUAUUGUUGACGGUGCAGCUCCAAGAGAACAACCACUCAAAAUCAAUGUUCAUGCAGGUUCAAAUAAAAACUGAUCAAAGAGAGGGGAGAUGGGAUGAACCAAAGCAAGAUUGGUUGAGGGAGGAAUUAAAAAAUAAAUAAAAAAGGAGCUAAAUUAAAUCUCA